UUCCCAUAGCCGCCACCCACUGCAUAAAAGCUGGGAGUUACAGGCAAGAACGCCAAGCUUCGCCUUGAAGAAUAUACCGAUACUGGCAUUAGGUGCCGAGCUAGUGUAGCUCAUUGAUCUGCCUGACAAUCAACUAUGGGAAGCUCUUGACAACGGAUAGCGUGUAACUUGUAUGCGACCGCAAAAUGUGACGAAUAGUACGCAGAUAAAAAAAAAAUACAUGAUAUAUUUUUUAAAAAUAUGUAGUUUAAAGAAAGAAGUUUCUAUAAAAUAUUUAUUAAUAUCACCAUGCAGCCGUAAACUUCAACUCCUUCGAAGUGGAUGUGUAUUUUCAGCUUCAACACUUAGUUUGAACAAGAUGGAAGUUAUCACACCAUAAACGUUCUGCGGUGACUGACGAGAUGGGAAAAUGGGAGAUAUCAAUGAACCCAGUGCAGGAGUGGGGGGAGGAGUUUGAGGAGGGGGCGUUGUAUGGGAUCACCCUGCGUCGGGAGCCCGUCCAGAUACCAGCCAGCCCCACCGAGGCCCGGCCAUGCGUGGCCUUCGUCCAGUACCGGACCUGCAAGGUGCGCAGGCUGAAGGCAGCCACCCUGAACCGGCUGGUGAGCCACCUUCUGGACCCCUGCUGCCAGGAGCCCGACUACAGACGGAUCUUUCUGUCCACCUACCAGACCUUCACCACUACCAGUGCACUCAUUGAGCUGCUCUUCCAGAGGGACAAUGGGGCUUCAGAUGUGUACAAUAGUGAAUGUCACAGGAGGCGUCUGUUGCCCCUGAUCCAGACUUGGUUGGAGGAGUACAGUGAGGACUUCCGGGAUCCUCCUCAGCACCCCGCCCUAAGGCUGCUGAUGGACCACCUGCACACCCUGUCCUCCUUCUGUUCACUGGCCCAGCGCUCUGAAACUCUGCUUAAGAAGUUCCAGAGAGAAGAAAUGGAUACUGGUGGCCAUUCUUCCCAGGCUGAGGUUAAUCAGGAAGAUGAGGGCUCAAGGGAGGAAGGCCUAGAAUGGGACAGCCCACUGGAUCAGGGUGACAUCAUGGACUUCUCAGUCACAGCCAUCGCAGAACAGCUCACCCGACUGGAUGCUGGGCUGUUUGGGAAGGUGGUUCCCUACCAGUGUCUGGGCUGUGUGUGGUCCCAGAGAGACAAGAAGGAGAACCUGUCUGCUACCGUCAGCGCCACCAUUACUCAGUUUAAUGCAGUCACCAACCGAGUCAUCACCUCCCUGCUCUGCCGGCCCACCUCCAGCCCCACUUCCGUCCACAGGGCCUCCAGCCCAGCUCAGAGGGCCUGCGUCAUUGAGAAGUGGAUCAGAGUAGGACAGGAGUGUCGGCAGCUGAAGAAUUUCUCCUCUUUGAGGGCCAUCCUGUCUGCCCUUCAGUCCAAUGCUGUCUACAGGCUGAGGAAGACGUGGGCUGCUGUGUGUAGGGACAGUGUGGCCAUCUUUGAUAACCUCUGUGAAACCUUCCCUGAUGAGAACUGUGUGUUGAGCAACAGAGAGAUCAGUUUGGAGGAUGGAAGCCAAACAGCCAUGGAUAACAUUUCUCCCAAGAUAUCCAAGCGAUGUCCUAUUGCCAGACAGAUGAGCACCUCCGGUGGGGUGGUUCCUUACCUGGGCACAUACCUGACUAUCCUCACAAUGCUGGACACUGCUCUACCAGAUACUGUGGAGGGGGACCUCAUAAACUUUGAAAAGAGGAGGAGGGAGUUUGAGAUUCUCUCUCAGAUCCGGCAGCUCCAAGCCUCCUGCUCUCAGUACAACCUGCCCCAUCACACCAGGAUCACUGCCUGGUUGCAGGGCCAGAAGCUGCUCACUGACCAGGAGAGCUAUGAACUGUCCAGAAACAUGGAGCUUCCAAUAGACAUCUGCUCCCCAAGCGCCUGGAGCCACCGUUUGCUCAGCAAGAAACUGUCCUCACUCCUGAAAGUGAGUGAGGGAUCCAGCAGGAAAACCCAUGCAGACCAGAUCAGUGUGUCGUCUUCGGGGUCCAGUGGCUCUGAGAUGGAGGAUCCCUCCACCCCUCCCUCCACACUCAGACUGCAGUCUCUGUCCAGCUCCUGUCAAAAUGUGGCGGAGGCCUUACCCUCCUCCCUGGAUGGCUCCACUCCAUCCACUUGUUCCUCCAGUUCUCAGCCUGACCUCUCUGCUCCAGUGGCUGCCCACCCUAAACCCAUGCUGGCCUCUCAUCACAAGCGCUCUGUGUCCAUGACCUCCCUCCCCCUCUACAACAGACAGGUGGCUGACUCCUGUAUAGUGAGGGUCAGUGUGGAGGCUGGCAACGGCAACAUGUACAAGAGCAUCCUGCUGACUAGUCAGGACAAAACUGCCCAGGUGAUCCAGAGGGCCCUGGAAAAACACAACCUGGAGCACCUGACCUGUCAAGACUUUACCCUCACACAGUUGAUCUCCCAGGAAAGAGAGUUACUCAUUCCGGACAAAGCUAACGUCUUCUACGCCAUGUGCACGUCGGCGAACUUUGACUUUGUUCUGCACCAGUGUCCAAAGGGUCAAAAGAAACCUCUGUGCGCUACUUCCAGCCUUGGACGUUAUUCAAAGUAAACACUGUUCUAUGGCAAUGAUGAGUAACUGCAAACCAGGACUUCAAAGGAUUUUGUACAGACAUUUUGCUGUUUGUAGUUUUGUUUUUAAUAACUUUCUUUUAUGACAAAAAUCAUGUUUAAAUGUUCCAUGAUGGACAUACCCCUGUUUGGUUUGUUGUCAAGUGGGUGCCAUGAGAGGAACAGGUGGAAGAUGAUAGUAUGAUGGCACUUCAUGUAAAAUACACGUGUUGUGUAUAUACGUCUGAUGACAACAGAUUUGGGGCUACAUUUUGAAACCCAUUGAACAGAAUGUCCUUUUAUUUAUUGGUGGAGCGAACUCUACAUGAAUUCCACCAUUGAACACUCAACAUUCCUCAAAGAAUUCCUUGAGGUGCUUUACUUUGUGGAAAGGAGUCACAUUGGAACAGCAUCAGCAGUGACUGUGAUGCUCUCUCCCUCAGUCACACACCAAUAUACAGACACGUAAUAGUUGUUUCCUAUUGUCUCUUCUCCUCUGAGCAAAACCAGUCACCUAUUUGUUUUAAUGAGAGAGAUGACUGACGUUUCCCAACAGGGAGAGACAACCCAUGAGCCUUAAGGGAAUUAGGUCACAGGAGACGGCCUGCCACUGCCACCUGAGAAGUGGAUGGGAAUGUUCUCACCCGGAUCACUAUGUUCCCCAGGGUAUCAGCCCGCCGUCAUGGCGAUACUGAUUGGGGCUGUGCGUGCGAAAGGAGGGGCUGCCAUGACUGACUGGAUAGCAUUCCACAUACGCUACAGUCAGUUGCUGUAGAGGGGACACUGACAAACAUUUAUGGACUCAGACUGUCAAAGUUUAAAUGAUGGUGAUAAUAAUGUGUGUGUUGUAAAUGGUUCUGUAUUGCAUUUCAGUGUUAAUACUUCGUUAUUUUUUUCCUGUUCUUUUUACAUUGUUUUCUAUUUGUCUCCUAUAAUGCUCUUGAUGAUUAAGUGGGCCUCCAUGGCUGUGUUGCCUAGCUACCCAAACUCCUUACUCCGACCAAACGCCACGCCCAUGGACGUUAGUUUCUCCUCCGCAAUGAGUCUGGAUCUGAGUACCUCCCUGAUGAUUUCUAGAAUGGAAAUCCAUUCUAGACCGUCUGAUUGGUCCCAGAAACCGAUGGGUUGGGCCAGAGCCAGAACACAAAUGGGUAAAUUGGCGUUUUAAAAUUCGUCAUUGGCUUUGAUAUGCUGAUGGGUUAUAGAUGAUCAACCGCUGAUGCCUUGUUUUGUACAACCCCCCUCAUUUUGAUGUCGCCACAAAUGACUUCAAUGAUUGCACUCUCAGACUGAAGUCUGUUACCAACGAUAGAGCAGCGGAAGAAUUCAGUUUGAGUAGUCAGGCAAGGCUGUGUGCACUUGUCAAUUGAAUAUACAAAUAUACUGAACAAAAUAUAAGCGCAACAAGAGUUACAGUUCAUAUAAGGAAAUCAGUCAAAUUAAAUAAAUUCAUUAGGCCUUAAUCUAUGGAUUUCACAUGACUGGGCAGGGGCGCCGCUAUCGGUGGGCCUGGGAGGGCAUAGGACCACCCACUUGGGAGACUGGCACACACACUGGGGAGCAAGGCCAAUCCAAUCAGAAUGAGUUUUUCCCCACAAAAGAGUUUUAUUACAGACAAAUACUCUUCAAUUUCAUCAGCUGUCCAGGUGGCUGGUAUCAGACGAUCCCACAGGUGAAGAAGCCGGAUGUGUAGGUCCUGGACUGGCGUGGUUACACAUGGUCUGUGGUUCUGAGGCCGGUUGGACGUCGGUCAAAUUCUCUAAAACAACGUUGGAGAUGGCUUAUGGUAGAGAUAUUAACAUGCAAUUCUCUGGCAACAGCUCUGGUGGACAUUCCUGAGGUCAGCAUGCCAAUUGCCCAUUCCUUCAAAACAUCUGUGGCAUUGUCAAAUCAAAUCAAAUUUUAUUUGUCACACACACAUGGUUAGCAGAUGUUAAUGCGAGUGUACCGAAAUGCUUGUGCUUCUAGUUCCGACAAUGCAGUAAUAACCAACAAGUAAUCUAACCUAACAAUUCCACAACUACUACCUUAUACACACAAGUGUAAAGGGAUAAAGAAUAUGUACAUAAAGAUAUAUGAAUGAGUGAUGGUACAGAACGGCAUAGGCAAGAUGCAGUAGAUGGUAUAGAGUACAGUAUAUACAUAUGAGAUGAGUAAUGUAGGGUAUGUAAACAUAAAGUGGCAUAGUUUAAAGUGGCUAGUGAUACAUGUAUUACAUAAAGAUGGCAAGAUGCAGUAGAUGAUAUAGAGUACAGUAUAUACAUAUACAUAUGAGAUGAGUAAUGUAGGGUAUGUAAACAUUAUAUUAAGUGGCAUUGUUUAAAGUGGCUAGUGGUACAUUUUUACAUAAUUUCCAUCAAUUCCCAUUAUUAAAGUGGCUGGAGUUGAGUCAGUAUGUUGGCAGCGGCCGCUAAAUGUUAGUGGUGGCUGUUUAACAGUCUGAUGGCCUUGAGAUAGAAGCUGUUUUUCAGUCUCUCGGUCCCUGCUUUGAUGCACCUGUACUGACCUCGCCUUCUGGAUGAUAGCGGGGUGAACAGGCAGUGGCUUGGGUGGUUGUUGUCCUUGAUGAUCUUUAUGGCCUUCCUGUGACAUCGGGUGGUGUAGGUGUCCUGGAGGGCAGGUAGUUUGCCCCCUGUGAUGCGUUGUGCAGACCUCACUACCCUCUGGAGAGCCUUACGGUUGUGGGCGGAGCAGUUGCCGUACCAGGCGGUGAUACAGCCCGACAGGAUGCUCUCGAUUGUGCAUCUGUAGAAGUUUGUGAGUGCUUUUGGUGACAAGCCGAAUUUCUUCAGCCUCCUGAGGUUGAAGAGGCGCUGCUGCGCCUUCUUCACAACGCUGUCUGUGUGGGUGGACCAAUUCAGUUUGUCCGUGAUGUGUACACCGAGGAACUUAAAACUUUCCACAUUCUCCACUACUGACCCGUCGAUGUGGAUAGGGGGGUGCUCCCUCUGCUGUUUCCUGAAGUCCACAAUCAUCUCCUUUUGUUUUGUUGACGUUGAGUGUGAGGUUACUUUCCUGACACCACACUCCGAGGGCCCUCACCUCCUCCCUGUAGUCCGUCUCGUCGUUGUUGGUAAUCAAGCCUACCACUGUAGUGUCAUCCGCAAACUUGAUGAUUGAGUUGGAGGCGUGCAUGGCCACACAGUCGUGGGUGAACAGGGAGUACAGGAGAGGGCUCAGAACGCACCCUUGUGGGGCCCCAGUGUUGAGGAUCAGCGGGGUGGAGAUGUUGUUACCUACCCUCACCACCUGGGGGCGGCCCGUCAGGAAGUCCAGGACCCAGUUGCACAGGGCGGGGUCGAGACCCAGGGUCUCGAGCUUGAUGACGAGUUUGGAGGGUACUAUGGUGUUAAAUGCUGAGCUGUAGUCGAUGAACAGCAUUCUCACAUAGGUAUUCCUCUUGUCCAGAUGGGUUAGGGCAGUGUGCAGUGUGGUUGCGAUUGCGUCGUCUGUGGACCUAUUGGGUCGGUAAGCAAAUUGGAGUGGGUCUAGGGUGUCCGGUAGGGUGGAGGUGAUAUGGUCCUUGACUAGUCUCUCAAAGCACUUCAUGAUUACGGAAGUGAGUGCUACGGGGCGGUAGUCGUUUAGCUCAGUUACCUUAGCUUUCUUGGGAACAGGAACAAUGGUGGCCCUCUUGAAGCAUGUGGGAACAGCAGACUGGGAUAAGGAUUGAUUGUAUAUGUCCGUAAACACACCAGCCAGCUGGUCUGCGCAUGCUCUGAGGACGCGGCUGGGAAUGCCGUCUGGGCCUGCAGCCUUGCGAGGGUUAACACGUUUAAAUGUUUUACUCACCUCGGCUGCAGUGAAGGAGAGCCCGCAGGUUUUGGUAGCGGGCGUGUCAGUGGCACUGUAUUGUCCUCAAAGCGAGCAAAAAAGUUAUUUAGCCUGUCUGGGAGCAAGACAUCCUGGUCCGCGACGGGGCUGGUUUUCUUUUUGUAAUCCGUGAUUGACUGUAGACCCUGCCACAUACCUCUUGUGUCUGAGCUGUUGAAUUGCGACUCUAUUUUGUCUCUGUACUGGGACUUAGCUUGUUUGAUUGCCUUGCUGAGAGAAUAGCUACACUGUUUGUAUUCGGUAAUGUUUCCGGUCACCUUGCCCUGGUUAAAAGCAGUGGUUUGCGCUUUCAGUUUCACGCGAAUGCUGCCGUCAAUCCACGGUUUCUGGUUUGGGAAUGUUUUAAUCGUUGCUGUGGGUACGACAUCGUCAAUGCACUUUCUAAUGAACUCGCUCACCGAAUCAGCAUAUUCGUCAAUGUUGUUGUUGGACGCAAUGCGGAACAUAUUCCAAUCCGCGUGAUCGAAGCAGUCUUGAAGCGUGGAAUCAGAUUGGUCGGACCAGCGUUGAACAGACCUGAGCGAGGGAGCUUGUUGUUUUAGUUUCUGUUUGUAGGCUGGAAGCAACAAAAUGGAGUCGUGGUCAGCUUUUCCGAAAGGAGGGCCUUAUAUGCGUUGCGGAAGUUAGUAUAACAAUGAUCCAAGGUUUUACCAGCCCUGGUAGCACAAUCGAUAUGCUGAUAGAAUUUAGGGAGUUUUGUUUUCAGAUUAGCCUUGUUAAAAUCCCCAGCUACGAUGAAUGCAGCCUCGGGGUGUGUGGUUUCCAGUUUACAAAGAGUCAGAUAAAGUUCGUUCAGGGCCAUCGAUGUGUCUGCUUGGGGGGGAAUAUAUACGGCUGUGAUUAUAAUCGAAGAGAAUUCCCUUGGUAGAUAAUGCGGUCGACAUUUGAUUGUGAGGAGUUCUAGAUCAGGUGAACAGAAUGACUUGAGUUCCUGUAUGUUGUUAUGAUCACACCACGUCUCGUUAAUCAUAAGGCAUACACCCCCGCCCCUCUUCUUACCAGAAAGAUGUAUGUUUCUGUCGGCGCGAUGCGUGAAGAAACCAGCUGGCUGCACCGACUCCGUUAGCGUCUCUUGAGUUAGCCAUGUUUCCGUGAAGCAGAGACCGUUACAAUCUCGGAUGUCUCUCUGGAAUGUUACCCGUGCUCGGAUUUCAUCAACUUUAUUGUCAAGAGACUGGACAUUGGCGAGUAGUAUGCUACUUGUGUGACAACUGCGCAUUUUAGACUGGCCUUUUAUUGUCCGCGUCACAAGCUGCACCUGUGUAAUGAUCAAGCUGUUUAAUCAGUUCCUUGAUAUGCCACACCUGUCAGGUGGAUGGAUUGUCUUGGCAAAGGAAAAAAUGCUCACUAACGGGGAUGUAAACUAAUUUGUGCACAAAGUUUGAGCAAAAUAAGCUUUUUGUCUGCAAUCUUUUAUUUUAGCUCAUGAAAUCAUGGGACCAACACUUUACAUGUUGCAUUUAUAUUUUUGUUUAGUGUACAUUCUAAACCAUGCCAGAUGAAUCACCGAUUGAUAGGCAUUUCCAAAAUGCUUUUUAAAAAUCAGUGUAUGACACUACAGUAGCUUAAUUUAGAUGUUUAGAAGGACUAUCAUGCAAAUAAGUGUUUAAUAUAUUAAAACUUUCCACUAUGAUUGAACCAAAUUGGUUAUGUAACAUUCUGAAAAAAAGUGAAAAGAAAUUCAAACACUUAGGUGCUAUAAAUAACUCGAGGCACUUUCAUCUGCCAGAGCAUUGACGUACCCCUUUCAUCUGCCAGAGCAUUGACGUACCCCUUUCAUCUGCCAGAGCAUUGACGUACCCCUUUCAUCUGCCAGAGCAUUGACGUACCCCUUUCAGGGCUUGCAGAUGGGUCAUUUGAACCCAGAUUUAAAUCUAAUGUAUAUUACAAAUCUGCCAAAACUGAAUUCUCAGAGGUUGCUUAGUUGUCUCUUUGAGAUGAAUAGCGUUAAAAGUAAUUGUAAACUAAAGAGGAAGUGUUAAAUAUAUGGCUUGUACAGUGCUAUGUGAAAAUCCUGCAAACAUGAAAAAACUGAAUGAUUCAAGCAACAGGACAUCUCACUUUUACUGAGCUGUCCAUUUUCAUUGUCUCUCUGCUCCAAAUAAAGUUUCUCAACACCC